AUGGCCGCGCGUUUUGUUUUCUAUUUAGCUGUUCAAACUAUUAUUGUUCAGAUGGUCUUCGGCCAAUGUCUGAACCGGGUAGUGCCAUCUUGCGGUCAGAAUGUAGUAGAAACUGUACUUCCAAACCAAUUUCUUAUUAGAGAACCCGGUUUGAUUCCUGGGCCUAUUUUCCAACCGCAAGUUGUUCCAGCCCCCGUGGUACCAAGUCCAGUUGUAUCUGAACUUGGAUAUCCACAAACUAUAGUCCAGGAUGGAGGAGUUGCUAAUAGUCUAGCUAAUGCUUUACAGCUUUUAGUUGUGAGCAGUCUUUUAAGUAACACCCUCCCCGGUCCAUGCGACCCGUACCCCGUAGACGUAAUGGGCUAUAACGUGCCGUAUAACUACGUUACAUCAUCAUACCCAUAUUACUACCAGCAACGGCCAUCCCCUCCACAAAUAGGAUAUCCAGAUUAUAAACAGUUCUACCAACCCAGUUAUCCAAAUUAUUAUGCCCAGCAACCACCAAAACCAAGCCCACAACCCAAGCUUCCACCUUCAAUUCCUCCACCAGCCCCAACACCGUGUCCUGUAAAAGAAUUAUCCCCAAAAAUUGAGAAACCCCAAGAAAAAAUCGAUUCCAAAGUCCUCAAUAAUCUAGCGAUAGCUUUACAGUUGUUGAUCGUCAGUAACUUAAUGAAUAAUCCCUCAAAAGAUUCGCCAGUAUCUGAAACUCUUCUCGAACUAGUCCAGAAACCUCUUUCAAACCACAUUUCUGGUUGUACCUGUGAAAGUACAGCAAACUAUCAAAUGCCGAAUGCGAAAUUUUUAACGUCAUCUAACUUUGCGGAUGAUGGAAUAAUGAAGAUGGCUGGUGUCAACCCAGCUUCUAAAGGUCCUAGAUCAAACUUUGGUCUCAUGUCUCCAUAUGAUGCGAUGGCUAACUCUGGUCAAACAGAAUCCAUGCCGUCAUACCGUCAUAGCGAUUUCAUUAGUCCCUACGCAGCAAUGUCUACAGCAGAUAGCUACAAAGACCUCUUCUCUAUGGACUUCUAA